AUGCCUUCCACACGCCAAUGGAUCCUCAACUCCAAGCCGACAGGCACCCCCACCACAACAGGCGACUCGCCCACCUUCAAACUCGCGACCAUCGACCUCCCCGCCCCAACCGCCUCCCAAGCCGUGCUCAAGUCCCUCAUGUUCUCCAACGACCCCGCCCAACGCACCUGGAUCAACCCCUCUGCCGACCCCGAACGCCUCUACAUGCCGCCUAUCCCAGUCGGCGCGCCCAUGUCCUCCUUCGCGCUGACCGAGGUCGUCGAGUCCGGCUCCCCCAGUGAGCUCCCCGUGGGGAGCCUCGUCGUCACCGGCCAGGGGUGGACCGAGUACGCCGUGCAUGAGAUCAAGGGUCUGCAGGUUGUGCAGCCGAUUCCCGGGCUGGACCGCGGCCAUUUCCUUGGCGCGCUGGGCUUUACGGGGUUGACUGCUUAUUAUGGUAUCAAGGAGGUUGCGGCGGCGACGAAGGAGGACACGGUUGUUGUUUCGGGGGCUGCGGGUGCGACGGGCAGCAUGGUUGUGCAGAUUGCGAAGAAGAUCCUUGGGUGUAAGCGGGUUAUUGGUAUUGCAGGCACAGACGAGAAGUGUCGCCACGUUGAGAAGAUUGGUGCCGAUGUCUGCGUGAACUAUAAGAAGGACACUUUUAAGCAGGACCUCAUCAAUGCGACAGAGGGCUUCGCCGAUGUCUAUUUCGAUAAUGUCGGCGGCGACAUCCUCGACUUGAUGCUCACCCGCAUGAAACGCUUCGGACGCAUUGCUGUUUGCGGCACAAUCUCAAACUACAACCUCGCCGAACCCACCGGGCCCAAGAACUUCUUCGAAGUCGUGUCCAUGCGCCUCAACAUCCGCGGCCUGAUUGUGCUCGACUACAUGCACAAGUUCGCCGACGUCAUCGGUGAACUCGCCAGCGCGUGGCAGCAAGGCAAGAUCGUGAUCGAUGACUCGAUGCAGACGAUUAUCGACGCCAAGUUCGAGGAUGUCCCGAAUGUGUGGCUGAAGCUGUUUGAGGGCGGGAAUACGGGCAAGCUUUGCACGAACAUUGCUUAG